AUGGCGGCGGCAGCUGUGAAGAGUGCCAAGCAGAGCCUGAGGGCCGAGCUGAAGCAGCGUCUACGGGCUUUGAGCGCCGAGGAGAGACUACGCCAGUCCCGUCUGCUGACCCAGAAGGUGAUUGCCCAUAGUCAAUAUCAGAAAUCCAAAAGAAUCUCCAUCUUUCUGAGCAUGCAAGAUGAAAUUGAGACAGAAGAGAUCAUCAAGGACAUAUUCCAACGAGGGAAAACCUGCUUCAUCCCACGGUACCAAUUCCAGAGCAAUCACAUGGAUAUGGUGAAAUUAGCAUCACCUGAUGAAAUUUCUUCACUUCCCAAAACAUCCUGGAAUAUUCACCAGCCUGGUGAGGAUGAGGUUCGGGAGGAGGCCUUUUCAACAGGGGGACUUGAUCUCAUCUUCAUGCCAGGUCUUGGGUUUGACAAACAGGGCAACCGGCUGGGGAGGGGGAAGGGCUACUACGACACUUACCUGAAGCGUUGUCUGCAGCACCAGGAGGUGAAACCCUACACUUUGGCCUUGGCUUUCAAAGAGCAGAUUUGCCUCCAGGUCCCAGUGGAUGAAAAUGACAUGAAAGUAGACGAAGUCCUUUACGAAGACUCCUCAGCAUCUUAACUCCAGAUGACUACAGCCAAAUAAUCAGUGUUUUGUACUGAGAAAAGCAAAGGACAUGAAUUUUCUUUUGGCUAAAAAUAGUUGAAAUUGCACACUAAGGUGAAUGUGGACUACAUUGUUUUAGUAUAAUUAUAAAAUAUCUAACAUAAAAACCGUCUUUAAAAAUCAAUGGAAGUGUGUAUGGCAGAAUAUUGAUUAAAAGGGAGGAUGUCAUCAUAUGAUUUUAAUUUCCUGGUGUUAAUGUGACAAGUUGAUCUUUCUGCUUCACAGUUUAAGUUAAAUUUUUGGGAGGAGCUGUAGUGGAAUCAGAGUGUGAGAAGAAGUUAAACUCACUGGGAGCAGGUGCUGAAUCUCAUUAUGUCCUGUCAUGGGCCUGGCCAGUCUCUGGUGGGCAUAUAGACAUUCACUGAUAAUUAAUUGAUUUGUUGAUGUUUGCUUUGUAUACAAAGUUCCCUUCCUGUAUUAUAUCAUAUGACCUAUCUAUCACCCUGAAAUUUUAUGUUUGGCACUUUGUAGCUUUUGUUAGUAUUUAUGAUUUAAAUACUUUAAUUAAACUGAUUGGUUCCCAACUCUGUCAUUCUAUAUGUUAGCCUCUUAGGAGUUAGUUGAAGGUCCGAUAUCGUGUAAGUUAGAAAUGAUUUCUGUUUUAUUUGUGGUUUCUGUUUUGGAAAUGAAAUUCGCUGUGGGCUGAAAAUUGUCAGAUGGCAUCACAGCUAGGGAGCGGUAAUUUGUGGGGAGAAGAUUUGGUUAUAACCAGGAACCCCCGAGUCUUCCGGAUGCUGCUGUCUCCCUCACACCCUAUGUCCAGCCUGUCAUGGGCUCCUGUUUUGCCUCUGAAAUGCCUCUUACAUCUCUUCUCUCUUUUCCAUCCUACUGUCCCCUUCCUCCUUUUUUCCAGGCUCUCAGCAUUUCUAAGCUGAACUGGGCAAGAGACUCCUUUUUGGCUUCCUAGCCUUCAGUGUUGCCUCUCCAAUUUAUUUCUGAAACUGCAGUCAAAACGAUCUUAUAAAACACGAAUCUGACCGUGAAACAUCCCUGACUGGAAUCUUUGGGUGGCUGUUCAGAGCCAAGCAGAUAAAGGCCAUUUGCCUUCCUUUAUGUACAAUGCCAUUUAAGAUGGGCCUCCCACCUAUCUUUUCCUGGCCUCUUAUAUUUCCACUCCCAUGUUCUCCAUAGGCACCACUUAUACAAGUUUACAUCUAGUUUCCUGGUCAUUGCAGGCUUCUUUUGCCCUUUGCGCUUUGUAAACAUGCUUUUUUCGCUCUGUCUGAAAUGUUCUUUCUUCAUUUGUUCAUCUGGAAAAUUCCUGUUCAUCCUUCAAGACUCAGCUCAGUGUCACCUCUUCUAUGAAGUCUUCCUCUACUUCUUCUCUCGUUGAAACACCACUGGCCUUUGUCCUCCUCUUCAUAUUGUUCUACUUAUCAGGUAUUGGUUGUCAAACCUGUCCCCUUUCCUGGACUAUGAUCUCCAAAGAGCUGGGAUGAUCUUGAUACUUCUAAUACAUAGUAGACACCUAUGUAUAUAGUGAGUGUUCAAUAAAUUUCAUGGAAUGAGUUAAUCGAUUACAUACAAAUGGUUCAAUUAAAAACAUGAUUCCUUUCUUUGGAGAAUAGCAUAUGAUUUGAUGUUUUAUGCACAAAAAUAAAAAUAUUUUUAAAGUGUCAAUUAGGCUAAAAUUAGAUUUAUAGUACAACGAGAAAUAGGAGUGAAGCAGAAUUUCUACAGGCUAUAAAAUCAUAUCACUGUAUUGGUUAAAAUCUUAUUAAGUGGCAAUCUCUUUGCAAAUUGCCUGUGAUACAACACAUUCUGGUUUAAUGCUUUUUCAAUAACUGUUUCUUUCUCUUCUACCUUUGUAGAGAGGUUUCAUGAGCUGGGAAGAAAUUUUGUUUUUAAUUAUAUUUUCCCAACAUUAUUCCACACUGAGUCUCCAGCAAUUUGUCAAUUACAGUUCAAGCAUUCCUACUUGUACUGGCUCCUGCA